ACUUACUAACCGCCAAUACGGACAGCUAAGAACUAUGGUGAUACGUCCACAACAUCUCGAUAAGUGCCAGGUCAUCUUCUGUGGGGAACUGCCCACAAUGAAGUUCCCGCAGCAAGUGCCGGAUUUGUUUAAAGGAUUUUGGAACCCUCUUUUUCCUAACAUAAGAAACCCAGCAUAGUCCCACUAGAAAGGAUUAUUAUUGAUUCCACUUACGGGUCUUUACCAGGGCAGCACAUAAGAAGCAAGAUCCGUCUGUAUCUUUUUCCUUGGUUGGAUCGAUUUCUGGAACAUGGUCAACUGACAUGCGCAGCCAAGAAUCUCUUUUCUAUCCACCCACGAGCCAAUCAAAGCGAGAAACGAGGGAAAACACCUUUCCUCUGCUCAUUCGAAAUUGGAUUCUCGAUUUAUCUGCCACUCCUUUCGCCCGGAUGUGGCGGGAGUUUGAAAUUGACCAAUUUAGAUCUCCUUUUUCUCUGUACUUUACAAUGAUUUGUGUAACAAGUCGCUGAAUCCGCUCUUUAAUACUGGGUUAUCACCGACCUCACCACUGGGUGUGCAAUAGAUUUAUUGGAGUGGAAUCAAUAGGAAGACAAGGCUUUCAAAUAUGGAAGAAGUGGGCUGGGCGGUAGAACACCAUCUGAACUAAUUGGCAUACCUUGCUUCUGAAGAGCUAACCAAGGUUUAUGGCAUCGUGAACGAUAAGCGAGGAUCUAGGAAGCUUAUCCAGGGGUUCCUUAGACGGAGGCAACUUAAGUCUCUGAUCAUUUAGGCGUAGAUAUUUCACAAUUCGCUUUUGACAAUGGAUUGUGGAUUACCGGGAAAACUAAGACAUUUACAUCAUCUCCCUUAACAGAAGAAAUAGAAGCUCGAGGUAUCGACAGAGCUGAGCAAAAGCACCAGUGCGUAUGGUCCACGUGACUGAUGGAUGUGCAAAGCUCCGGAAUCUCCUACGGGGAUGAUGAUCUCGUACUAGGAUGAUGCGCUUUGUUUGCAUUCCCUUCGACAGAAAGAGAUAGCAACAAUUCGGGCUAACAAAGGGACUAGAACCGACUUCUUCUUCUUUGAUCUUACCUAUGAUAAAUGAGAAUCCGCUGUCUUGUUUGGUUGAGGAUGAAGCAGAUCGGAAAUAAUAGUAUUUCAAUGGAAAUCCUGUUACUACUUUACUUUCACUUCACUUUUCAUGGCGAGAUAGACUUGACUCUCCAUCUUCAAGUGGUCUUGGCCGAUAGGCGUUGUUGUGGCGAAACGGCAUAUAUCUCCUUCGGUUAGCUAGCUACCUGACGUGAUAAGGCUACUAGUUCCCUUCACUCGUGCCUACGGCGCACUUACCCAUAGCUAUUGCAUGCAAGCUCAAUCUUCUAUCUCGCAUUGCUACACGCUCGAAACCGCCAAUUCGCUCGUAUUGCUAACGCAACCUAUAGAGUUUGGGGAGUGCGGCGCGGGGAGUAUGAUGGACGAAGGAGUGAGAACGACUGACGAUAGAGCAGGGGGGCUAGCCUGAAUUCCUUCUCCUUUCAGGAGAGCAUACCUUUAUUUUAUUCUAUUCCUUCGACGAACAAUGUACUGAAAUGCCUUUUUUCCCCAUCCCGCAAAACCGCUUCUUCUGGCAAAAGCCACUUUGGGCACGUCCCACCGGAAUUGCAUUGCCUGGACUUAGGCUGCUUUCAGCCAGACUGGCUAAAAAGUGCCAUAGCUCCAGUGAUCCCUCUCCUGUGCUAAGUCUUUGUCUCAAUGACUGCGAGAUUGCUAAACAAUGACUCAAUAGAAUGCUAAUUGAUGAGGCCUAUCCUUCCCCUAUUUCUAUUCUGGUAACCCUUCUUUAGAGCGGAGCAAACUCCACGGAAAUCCGCUUACCGAGGAAAGAGAAGUAGCGGGAAGGGUGCCCAGCAGUCACUCAUAUCAUGGGAUGCACUGGCCACUCCACCUCAUUGGCAAGGAUGGUUCAACCAGCCAUCAAGCAAUCGUUUCUAUUCUCGAUCCAAUAAACGGCAGUAAGAUGAAUGAAACCUUUGUCACUCACAAACCAGAGACCUUUCCAGCUUUCCUAACAGAGGGGAGCACCGGCCCGGUGGAAAAGCAAGAGAAAAAUCGACUUCUUCAAAAGGAGACCACUAUCUUCGGCAAAUCAAAUAUAGAUCGAGUCAUGAAGCAGGCUCACUACCUGGAAAGCGUAGAUCGGCACCGGCAACUCAAAUGAAUAUCCCCUCCCCUGUGGGAUCGAGUUUCUAGGGCUUGCUUGACUUGAGGAAACCACUAUCUAUGACGACUCAACCGACAAGCUCACUUGCUUUCGAUCGAGAUGGAUUUCCAGGGCAGGGCCUAUUCCCUUAACUUACAAGAAAAUGCGUAUUACAAUGAUGUGAUGAUUUAGGUUCUCUGGCGUAUUGUGCAUGCCAUGAUUGAGGAAUCAACGAUCCAUCGAGGCGAGGCUAUCUAUAUAGUACUGGAAUAGGGGCAAGCCCGGCACACUUAAAGCCAUUCCAACAAUCUUAUUCGUCGUAAGCCCUUCUAGCAGGAGCUGAGUAAAGGUCCGCUCAAGGCCAUGGAAAGGCAGAUAGUACUUGAUACAGGACGAGCCCAGUCUCUAUCUAGUACGAUAUUCUGGUAUGUUUCACUGAAUUGGCAUUUCUAGAUACCAAACAAGUAAAAAACAGCAAGUUAGUUAGCUCAGUUGGCAUAGGCGAAAAAAAGAAAAGGAAUCAACGAUAAAUCGGGGAAAGAGCCGCAAGCGCGAUAUCAUCUCUAUAUAGGAAAAAUGGAUUUUUCUUAUUUUAUAAAGUUAUGGGACCCUGGCUUUAAAAUCUUUCUUUUUUCUCGGCUCGAAAGAGAAAAAUCAAAGUCAGGUAGCCGACGAAAACCGAAAUAGCACAGAUACAAAGUAAAGAAAGUAUACACGCGAUAAUAGAUAGAUAUAUAUUAUAUAUAAUGUUAGAAGGAGCUAAAUCAAUAGGUGCCGGAGCUGAACUCGUAUUCAGAGAUGGAGGAAAUCAAGUCUCAUGUUGCUCCUCAGAAAAUGCGUAUAGUAUAUAGUAAUAGUAAUAGUAAUAGUAAUAGUAAUAGUAAUCUCAUUGGCCCACUAGAUAAGGAUGGGACAAACGCUCUAGUGUAUGCGAAACGAGCAUUGCGUUUUGUCCGAGAAGUUCGUGAAAGAGUGCUCGUUACAUCAAAAGAGAUGGCGAUGAUCUGUCAAAUCGACAUUGUGUCGGUGUUCAGUCUCCCGCUCCUGUUCUCAACUAUACUAUGGCUUUCGUUACUAUACUAUGGCUUUCGUUGGGUAGAGCACGGGAGAAUAAAGUCUAUAGUGUAUGCGUUACUGUACUGGGAAGCUAGCAUUUUUGCUUGUCAUGGAAUCAAGUCUAUUUGUUCGAAUGUUCUUUUUUUCGUUUCGUUGGAAAAACCAACGCCGACGUCAAGAAUGGAUCAGUCUAGUCUCCUUUCUCUUUUGGGAGCAGAGCUGAAAAAGAUGGAAUUGUCAAGUACGAUGAUAUUUUUAUUAACGGAUAGAAAAAUGCUAUUAUCAAGUAGUAAACCCAUUAUGAUUGCAACUCGUGGGAUGCCUGGAAUCCCACUAAAUCGAGAAUCGGAAUCGGUGGAGGAUGUGCAUAGGGUACUCCGAGCCCUCCCCUUAUUUAGAGAAAUGGAAGGUAUCUUGCGUGAGAGGAACCUGAAUCUCCCGUCAGUACAGGAAAUAAGCGCUUUCCGUGUGAAUCUAUUCUCUGGUAUCCGGCGUGAGAGUGCGAUUGCGGACUACGACGCUUUUUGGCGCUCCUUACUCGAGGAGAUUCACACACCUCAGGGACGUAGUUGUUUUGGUCAGAGAAUACAAGAUCUGCACGCCCGAAUGUCUGCCGAGGGCAACUGGGACUACUUGAUUGCCCAACAAGGCAGAGGGUAUUUUGGUAACCUACCUAAUCUCAACAGCCCGUUGGAUCAAUAUCAAUUUGGAAUUCACCCAAUUCUGGAUCUGAAUAUUGGUGAGUACUAUGUCUCAUUCACAAAUCUAUCCUUGUCUAUGCUACUCACUCUCGGUUUGGUCCUACUUCUGGUGCUGCCAAUGAUUCUUCGUUCAUUAGAAUGUCGAUUCCUCACAAUCGCUCUUUGUGAUGCUGCGGAACCAUGGCAAUUAGGAUCUCAAGACGCAGCAACACCUAUGAUGCAAGGAAUCAUUGACUUACAUCACGAUAUCUUUUUCUUCCUCAUUCUGAUUUUGGUUUUCGUAUCACGGAUGUUGGUUCGCGCUUUAUGGCAUUUCAACGAGCAAACUAAUCCAAUCCCGCAAAGGAUUGUUCAUGGAACUACUAUCGAAAUUAUUCGGACCAUUUUUCCUAGUGUCAUUCCAUUGUUCAUUGCUAUACCAUCGUUUGCUCUGUUAUACUCAAUGGACGGGGUAUUAGUAGAUCCAGCCAUUACUAUCAAAGCUAUUGGACAUCAAUGGUAUCGGACUUAUGAGUAUUCGGACUAUAACAGUUCCGAUGAACAGUCACUCACUUUUGACAGUUAUACGAUUCCAGAAGAUGAUCCAGAAUUGGGUCAAUCACGUUUAUUAGAAGUUGACAAUAGAGUGGUUGUACCAGCCAAAACUCAUCUACGUAUGAUUGUAACACCCGCUGAUGUACCUCAUAGUUGGGCUGUACCUUCCUCAGGUGUCAAAUGUGAUGCUGUACCUGGUCGUUCAAAUCUUACCUCCAUCUCGGUACAACGAGAAGGAGUUUACUAUGGUCAGUGCAGUGAGAUUUGUGGAACUAAUCAUGCCUUUACGCCUAUCGUCGUAGAAGCAGUGACUUUGAAAGAUUAUGCGGAUUGGGUAUCCAAUCAAUUAAUCCUCCAAACCAACUAAACCGGGGAAGCUGAAGCGGAAAUGCAAUUCUCGGGUGAGGGAAGGCUUCGCUCGCUCGCUCAAAAAGCUCUAACGCUCGUUUACGAGUGGAGUGCAUAAGCCCUUAUUGAAGUAGGGCGAGGCCUUACUACACGAGCUCGUAAGUAAAGCACGGAACGAGCCUUGUCUACGAAGCUUCGCUUCAUCAUCUUGCUUGCUUCUGCCGAAGCUUAACGCACUAUAACAUAGGCAUGCAUGAUGGUAUGGUAGGAAGACUCCUUUUAAGGCCGACCACUACAUAGGAGCGAUAGGAAGCCAAGCCGUCAAAAGGAAAGGCGAGCAGCCCUUAUUGCAAUAGCAAACGGCCUACUUAUAGCCCUAUUUAUACCCUUUAUCGGGGACGGGCCUUACAAGCUCAAUAAAUUGCAAUUCUUCACCUUUUCCUCAGACAGUGGGAAUGAAUUUUCUUACUUGAUUGACAUUGACAGAUAUGUGUACCACACCGAACAAGCAAUAUGUCAUAUGCUUGAUGUACCAGCCAAGCCAGCUCUUUUUUUCUCCGUUCCCUUAUCCUUAGCGCUAAAGUCAAAAUAAAAUGCAAGAGAGUUUGUAUUUGCAAAUGAAAAUGAAUAUGGAUCUAAAAAAAAUUAUAUAAUCAAUCAAUAAAUAAUAAUUGGAAUAAUAUAAAAAAUAUCCUUCGCGUAUUCGUUUAGAAUCUUGUUGACCCUACUCGCUUACUCCUAUUUUCCUGCUUUCUUUUUCGACAGAAUUCAUUCUAUUCUAACUUUCUUGAAAGAAUGGGGUUCUGGGCUCACCCUCUCUUCCUUUUUGAGAAAGAUGGGCUGCCCUGGGAGUCUCGCCUUGGUGAUUCUUUCUCUCUUGGGGGUCUUCUUCGGUAGCGAAUCCGCUCUCAUAAAUUGGAUGAAUUCUUCUGGGUCGGCUUCGGGAUCCGCCUCUGAGAGUUGGCAAAAGUACCUCAACUUAUCGGAGUCGGAGGAAAAUGCCGCGUCCGAACCAUCCACAAGCCACACCCCGCCGAACCCUGAACCUGAAGCACCAUCCAUUUCGUUCUUGCGAGAACGAAUCAAAAAUGUUAUUCGCUCAUGCCAGCGUAUACGAAAAUAAAAAAUCCUAAAAAGGAUUAACGAAGAUCUUCACCUUGAAACGGCGAGCGCCGAGAAGCGGGUAAAAAUCGCCCAGGUCCUCGAUAACAUGAACUGGAAAAGGGUUUUCUUUUAUACCUAUACGGGGGAACCUAAGAUAAAGCCCAUAUCGACUUAACGGUCCACGAUUGGGAUCGCGCACGAAAAGGCUAAACACAGCCUUUUUCUUGUCCUCGGGACAGCGGGCUAGUCCCGUGCCUGUUUUUUUGAGUUGGGGUACACAAUCUUCCUUGUGACUGCCAAACCAGAUUUCCGUUUUUAGGGAGAAGGUGUAGUCUUUUUGAACGGUGGUAUCGUCAAGAAGAACGAGGCCCGCCCCAUUUCUGGGGCGGGGGGAAGGAGAAGUGGGACUGUGGGUCUCCUUUCAUUUCAUACAA